AUGGCCACACAACCAGGUGCUUUCGCGGUCGACGAUCCAAAGAUCCUGGCGGCUUUUCUCGAACACCUUCCACAGCGACAGAAGAAUUAUGAGAGAGGCUGUAUCCCUUCGGACAACAAGGAUGAAGAAGACGGCGACGUGAGGAAGCAGGCCUCUGCCAGCGCCGGCGUUGAACCUGCCGACGAUACUCAAGACCCGCCUGUUGGCACACCCCAACAUGAUAGCCACGUUAAUUCUGCAGCCGCGACUCCCCCAGAAGGACAUCGUGCACCUCCACCUACUCCAGAUAGUGUGGCUGUUGCUAUCGAGAGAGAAUCCAAACACCUUGAAGUGAUUCCGGAAGAUGUCAAACUGUCUUUCGAUUCAGCCGAGACCACUGAGCAACAGACUAUUGAGGAAGCUCACGAAGAGGACUCUGCUCCGAGCAACUCUGCGAAGGAGGUAUCCAACGAAGAUCGUCCACUCGAAGCUAUCCUCAGUCCAACCACGGCUACAAUUAGUGCGUUCGAUGCGUUCACCGAGAAGGGCGGCAAUGUUGGUCUAAAGGCCUCCAAGUUCGCUGGCAUUGGACGAGUUCGCAGUUCUGUGGCACCGCGGUCUGUUCUUUCGACCAAAGACUCUAAUAUUCCAGCCCCUCGCUCCCCUGUCACGCCCUCCCGGCAGUUCGCGAUGCCAGACAAAGUAGGUGAAGCCUACCAGGACUCAGUCGUUGAGCAGUUUCGCAAGCAACAGGAAGAGAAGUUGGAGAGUCGUUCUAUGAUUUUCAAGAAGUCAACCACCGCGAAGACUGAUAGCGAGCCACGGAAGGUUACCUUCAACGUCGAUGCUGCCAAACAGGCACUGGUUCAGAAGGUCGACAUCGAUACGAUGAACUCCUCCUCACCCGAUGAAAAGCAGGCCGACGACCCAGGUAGCGCCGAUCCCAGUGACGAUCAUUCCAAACCUGAGCAGAACACCGCCAAUUCUGUCAAUACAACCAAAGAGAAUAUGCCGCCAUUUGCUCCUGCCGUUAAGAAGGAAGACGCUCGUCCGAAGUUCGACGUCUCUUCCACGCCGCCGGAGUCGCCUGCUGCUUUCGAACCUCUUCCUCUCGGUCUCUUCAAAAAGCACGGGCUCAACUUUGACCGUGCGGCCGCGAUAAAGACCACCGAAUCCUCCACUGUCAUCGCAAAGAAUGACACCGAGAACAGUAGUGACAAUGGCUUCCAGCCUGCCGAGAAACUUGCAGAGUCUGUCAUCACGCCUGAGGAUGGCCAAGAUCGGGACAAUGCGUCUUUCUUCACUAGUUGGGGUGCUCCGGCCGCGCGAUCUGGUCCGAAAGCUGAGAAGCGUCGAGUGAUCAUCUCCGGACUGCCAGGUCUCAUCGACGACUGUGCUCUCGCCGGCCUCAUUCAUGAAGGUCCAUUGGAGACUUAUCGUGUCAACAAGCCGUCUGAAGGCAGUGCAGCCCUUGUCAGCGCGAUCGUUACAUUUACUACGGGAGACUCAGCACAGGCGUUUUACAACAAAUACCCUAAUGGCCUCAUUGUAAGAAUGAGCGGCAAGAAAUACGUUGCCACUGUCCAGAUGGGCGAGAACGUCGAUGUGAUUUCUGAUAAGUUUCCUCAGCCUGGUGUUAUGAAGCGCUAUCUCGAGGUUGGUGCGACUCGGGUCGUACGUGCGACGGGCGCCGAUGAGGACUGGACUCCGCGUGCACUGCGAAAGAUGGCUGAGGGUAGAGGCCGCAAGCUUGAGGCUAUUGCUGACCUCUACCAGAAUGAUGCGCGAACUAUCGACUUCCGGUUCACCAAUAUCGCUGAUGCCGUCGCGUUCCGCGGUCUUCUUACUCGCGACCACGAGUGGGAGGAUUGCACUAUCACGUUCGCCGAAGACCCUUGUGCCAAGCCUGCUGCCUCUACCGGAGCUUAA